AUGGUGGCCAAACCCAAGCUCUGCUACAUCCAUGGCCGGGGCAGGAUAGAGUCAAUCUGCUGGCUGCUGGCUGCAGCUGGCGUGGAGUUUGAAGAAGAAUUUCUCGAAACUAGAGAACAAUAUGAGAAGUUGCAGAAGGAUGGAUGCCUGCUUUUCCGCCAGGUGCAUCUGGUUGAAAUUGAUGGAAUGGUGCUGACACAGACAAGAGCCAUUCUCAGCUACCUUGCUGCUAAGUACAACUUGCAUGGGAAGGACCUGAAGGGGACACUCAGGAUCUACAUGUAUGCCGAUGGCAUCCUGAACCUUAUGAUGAUGGUGGCGCUGGCUGCGCUCUAACCCCCAGAGGAAAACCCGGCUUUAAUUGUGAAGAAAGCUAAAACCCGGCAUUUCCCCGUCUUUGAAAAGGCAUUUAAAACAAGAAUCAGCAACAUCCCUAUAAUUAAGAAGUUCCUGCAGCCUGGGAGUCAGAGGAAGUGCCCCCCGGAUAGCCACUAUGUUGAAGUUGUCAGGAACAUUUUGCGGUUCUAAAGGCAGCAGGCUUACAAUGGCAAAUUAAUAAACCAAUCGCAGCAUCGGCUUAUGUCGCCAAGCAACUGUAGAUUCUAGGAGUAAA